UUUAUCGUUCAAUCCUGAAGGCACGAUCCCGCCCACAGAAGUUCCUCGCGCCCCGUUGCUAUGGGUUUCCGUGUACGCGCCGAAGGCACGGCGACGCGCAGCCCAGUCUUUCCGUAGGAAUCGGUAGUCGACUGUUCUCUGCUGUGGUAGACAUGGCGGCGGACCUUAACCCGGACUGGAUCUCCUGCCUCCCCUCGUCUUGGAGUUAUGGGGUCACCCAGGACGGGCGGAUAUUCUUCCUCAACGAAGAAGCCAAGAGUACAACCUGGCUACAUCCAGUCACUGGAGACGCCGUUGUAACGGGCCACAGAAACACUCCAGAUUUGCCGACUGGAUGGGAAGAGGGGUACACAUUCGAGGGCGCGCGCUGCUUCAUAAAUCAUAAUGAGCGGAAGGUGACCUGUAAGCACCCAGUCUCAGGCAUCCCAUCCCAAGACAACUGCAUCUUUGUCAUCAACGACCAAGUGAACUGUGUCCACACUGGUACAGCCUCAAAGCCUGAAACAGCCAGUAAGCCUGGAACAGACAGACCAGCUCCCAGGUCUGAGCAAGGUGACAAGGCAGAGCGUCCUCUGAGCACCAUGAGUGAGGCGUCCAACUACACCGACUACAGCACCCUCCCCAGUAGCCCCACACACACCACCACACGGCCCUCCAGGUCAUCGAGGAAGGUGCACAACUUUGGGAAAAGGUCCAACUCCAUCAAGAGAAACCCCAACGCUCCAGCCACGAGGAGCAGCUGGCUCUAUAAGCAGGACAGCACUGGGAUGAAGCUCUGGAAGAAGAGGUGGUUUGUUCUGUCUGACAUGUGUCUCUUCUACUACCGGGAUGAGAAGGAGGAAGUGGUCCUGGGGAGCAUCCUGUUGCCCAGCUUCCACAUCUCCAUGCUGUCUGUGGACGACCACAUCAGCAGGAAGUACGCCUUCAAGGCGACUCACCCCAACAUGAGGACGUAUUAUUUCUGCACGGACACAGUGAAGGAUAUGGAGGACUGGAUGAAGGUGAUGACAGAUGCUGCUCUGGUGCACACUGAGCCAAUCAGGAGGCAGGACAAGCUGAAGCUGGACCAGGAGAACCACCAUGUUCUGACCCGGCCAGAGAUCCAGAACAACGAGAGGAACCGGCAGGCUGUCCCCCCCAGCGCCCGCUCCUCAUCGCAGGAGACCAGGAGGGAGGAGAAGCCGUCCGGGCAGAGAGACAGGCAGCGCUUCACCCUGCAGAGCCAGGGAGACACACUCUGCCUCCAGAAGGACGGGGUGAGUUACACGCUGCAGAGAGACGGAGAGAGGCUCCUGCUGCACAGAGAGGAGGACAGGAAGACUGCAGGGCAGAAAGCAGGGAAAGACUGCGGCGCCCAGAUGGAGGAGAAAUAUGCUCCUUCCAAAGACGGAGAGAAGUACCUAUUGACAAGAGAUGGAGAGAAGUACGCGCUGGAGAGGGUGGGAGACCAUCACACACUCCAGAAAGACCAACCAGCAGGGAUACCACAGAGAGACCAACAAAAACAGGCUCUACAGAAGGAGCUCAGGAGACAGCUUUCUCUCAGAGAAGGAGAGGACAAGUACAGGACCUACCGAGGAGACAAGUAUGCUACUGUUAAGGAAGGAGACUACAGCAGCCACAAGUAUGCUACUGUUAAGGAAGGAGACUACAGCAGCCACAGGGUAGUGGACAAGUACAGCACCCUGCGCGUCCAAGGAGACAAGUACGGUUUCCAGAGAGAUGGUAGCUGUGAGCGACCUCUCACCAAGAUCAGCAGCAUCAAGCUGCUCCCCGCCCAGGCCGCCGCCAUCGCCGCCUCCGUCUCUGCCUGCCGCCAGGCCCAGCUCAACGGCCCCGGGGUGCGGCCGGGGGACUGCAUCCCAGGGGAGGUGGGGGGCACCCCGGGGAGAGGCCCAGGACAGGCCCAGGCUCCAGAGCCAGAGACAGGCCUGUCCAGAACCAGCUCCAUGCAACAGCUGGAACACUGGGUCAAAACUCAGAAGACCAGGGGACCAGAUGAGGACGUGAGGAGCAUGGUGUCCUACCAGACGCUGCCCAGGAACAUGCCGAGCCAUUGCGCCCCGCCGCCCCGCUACCCCGAGGGCUACCGUACGCUCCCCCGGAAGGUGCUUCCCCGGCCGGACAGCGUGUGCAGCGUGGCGGGCUCCCUGUACGAUCGCGCCCUGCGCCCUGCCCCCCAGGCCACGCCCUUCACGGCAGCGGAGAAGCGGCGCUCCAUGCGGGACGACACCAUGUGGCAGCUGUACGAGUGGCAGCAGAGACAAGCCUGCUCCCGCCACAGCCUGGCACUGCCCCCCGCCCCGCCCACACGUUGCUCCACCCUGCCCUGCCCCAGGACCAGGGCCCACCCCGCACAGCCCCGCCCACACGCCGUCCCCCCCUCCCCCUCUCACGGCUCUCUCUACAGCUCCUUCUCCCCCCCGCGCCAGGCCCUGCCCCCCGCCCCCCGCUGUGAGAUCACCUCCUCCGACUACAGAGGAGACCUGAGCAUCGACCGCCGGUACAGACCUCACCACGCCAAGCACCCUGCGGAGCGCAGGUCCCUCCCCCCCGCCUUGCCUGCCCCGCCCAUCUCAGCCCAGUCCCUGCAGGGCAAGACGUCUGAAGAGCUGACCCUGCUCCUGAUCCAGCUGCGUAGGCAGCAGUCAGAGCUGACCAGCGCCAGGCAGCUAUCCCUGACUCAGCUGCUCUGCCUCAGCAGGGACACACCCAACGCCAAGAGUGAUGUUCUGUCUCAUCACAUCCAAAGAAACCUCAUGUACCUGGACAGCCAGAUGAAGGAGAACGAGCCUCUUAUCUUCAUGAUUCACACAAUGAUAGAGAAUUCAGCACCCAGGCCACAACUGUACCAGCAAGCUCCACAGGACCAGAGAGACGGCACGGGCCAGACUAGGCCAGAGGAACUGGAUAUACAGGCCAGGCCCGAGGAACUGGACAUAGAUACCAAGCUCAGCAGACUGUGUGAGCAGGACAAAGCAGUGAGAAUACAAGAGGACAAACUACAGCAGCUCCACAGAGAGAAGCACACCCUGGAGACGGCCCUGCUUUCGGCCAGCCAGGAGCUGGAGCAGCACUCCCCAGGACAGAGCGACCCGGGGCAGAGCGACCCGGGGCAGAGGGCCCUGAUCCAGCAGAGGGAUGUGCUACAGAGCGGCCUUCUUGGAACCUGUAGAGAGCUGACGAGAGUCACCGCUGAGUUGGAGCGCUCCAGGAGGGAGCACAACAGGCUGCAGGCUGCUGUCUGUCUGGCCAAGACCAGCCUCCUCAGCCAGCUGGACACCCUGGGCAGCCCACAGACAGAGCCCCCCAGCCAGCAGCAUGUUCAGAUCCAGAGGGAACUGUGGAGGAUCCAGGACGUGAUGGAGGCUCUGGCUAAGAACAAGAAGAGCAGUGACACUGGAGUCCUGGUCUCCAGCCUCGACAACAACGAGGGUACAGAUUACCGCCUGUGUAAGAGUGAGCCAGAGCUGACCACGGUGAAGGAGGAGGCAGGAGAGAACACAGGAGAGGACAGGAGAAACCCCCCCACCGAAAGACAGGCCCCGGCCUCUAACGACCUCAGCUUCACAGUCUCUAAAGCAGGACCCCCCCUCCACCCUGUUGGCGUGGUGCCCCCCAGGACAAGGUCCCCCCCGCCCCCCCCACAGGACUUUGUCUCCUCCUACGUCACGAGGAAGAAGCCCGAAACUCGUCACACCAACGGGCGCCCUAACCCUAACCCGCGCAGCGCGGUGGAGCAGGCAAGCGCAGGAGAGAGGGAGAGAGAGAGCGGUAGGGCACGAAUGAGCGUUGAGGAGCAACUGGAGCGCAUCAGGAGACACCAGCAGGCCACUAUGAGAGACAAGAGGAGAGACCCCUCCCCCUCUCCCCCCUCUACCUCGACACAGGAUUUGGACGCUGCUCUAUGGGAGCUGGAAAAGAUCAGAGACCAAGCCAGCCUGGACCUCUCCACCCUGGACCAGGGGGCUGGGACCAGGGAGAUGAAGGUAGAGGAGGAAGAGCAGACUGAAGAGGGGAAGCUGCCAUGUGGGGAGGAGGUCCUGUCUGAAGCUACUGAGAUCUUUAUGCCCCACUCAGAGCAGACAGCGCUGCCCCGGGAUGUGGACAUCCUCAGGCCUCAAACUGAGCUCCAAAACUCUGCACACACCUCGACCAGACAACCUUCUGCAAAGGAGGUCCUGGAGGAGAAGCAGGAGGAGGUGGAUGUGGAAGAGGAGGAGGUGGAGAAGGAGGAGAAACAGGAGGAGGUGGAGAAGGAGGAGAAACAGGAGGAGGUGGAUGUGGAGGAGGAGAAACAGGAGGAGGUGGAGGAGAACAUUACAGUCUCUUAUGACGACAGCAAACACAACAAUAACAUCCUGGUGACUGUGAAAGGCCAGCCCCCCUCCUCUAGUCCCACACAGCUCCCAGACGGGUCACACUUCAUGUGUGUUUAGACGUGUUGACCUUGCUGACCAAUGAGAUGGGACUUUGGCAACUACAUCCAAGAUGGCUCUCACAGAACCAAGAUGGCGACUACUCACUGGGCUCCGUGUUUACACUCCUACAGAGUGACGACAACACAUGCCUAUAUAUGGUAUACCAUAUUAUACCAGACCAUAGACAGAGACAGAAAGAAUGACAGACAGACAGACAGACCGACUGACAUGCAGACAGACAACCUGUUUUUACUGUGAUGCCAAUAUCUUACCCACACAGAUAUUACUAGUAUUGAUCAUUGACAAGAUAGAAAAUCCAUUGUUAUUAUUGUUAUUAUUAUUACUACUACUGCACCUGUUAUUACAGGGUUAUUGUUUCCAGUUGGUGUGUAUAUGUUAGGUGUUAGAAGCAAUGAGGAGGACUGUACAGGGUUAGGGUUAUAAGCAUGUAGAGGUUCCUCUCCUCCCAUGCAGCGCUCCAGCCUCUCCUCCCAUGCAGCGC